AACAAUAAAUUCCUCAGAUGAUAACGCGUUGGAUAACACCGGCCAGCUAACUAAUAGUUGGAUUAAAUAUUGUGAUGUGAUUCGAUAUCUUUUUUUACAAUGUUUUUCUAAAUCAGCUUGAAGUUUUCAUCUGUUAUUUUACGUCUCUAGCAUUAUUAUUUGUCUGCAUUUACACCCUCAUCAAAACCUGCAAGUUACAAAUUAGAGGCUUCAAAUACGGAUUCUGAAGUACAACGCUCAUUCCAUCAAUCAUUCCAUGAUCAAGUGCCACCUAGAUCGCUGCUGUGCAAUAUUUGACAGAUCUGUCCGAAGAUUUGGAUCCUCAGCUUCAUCAAAGUGGAGGAGUUACAAUCAGCCUCACAACAUAGCUGCAGUACCAUACACAAAUCAAAAUACUUACCUGAAUACGCAGAUCUGUUUGUUUUACCUCAGUGCUUUGCUGAGAACUGUUUUUACUCAAAAUAUCCCAAGCCUCUGCACAGCUAACUAUAGCAACAUGACCUCUGACUAUGACAAAGCAACGGAAGCCACAUGCCGCCAAGAUAGCUACAAAUUACUUCCGAUUCUACGAAAAAGCAGUCACAAAGGAGAAGCUGGAAGAGUCGGGAUCAUUGGUGGGUCAGUUGAAUUUUCAGGCGCACCGUAUUUUUCCGCGAUAAGUGCCUUAAGGGCAGGCGCAGAUUUAGCUUAUGUAUUCACCGUAGAAAAAGCAGCUCCAGUAAUAAAAAGUUACACACCAGAUCUCAUGGUGCUGCCUUUCUUAGAUAAGCCUCCCAGUUUAUCUUUGCCUUUCCUUGCGCGGCUACACACGCUGGUCAUCGGUCCAGGAUUGGGUCGCGACGAAGAAGUUCAAAAGUCAGUUUUCAGUCUCUUGACAGAACUGAAUCGGUUAAAAGGGACAGCUGGCAUUCCAUUAAUAAUAGACGCAGAUGGUCUUCACAUGAUAUUGAAAAACCUAGAUUUUAUCAAAAACUAUAGCGGGAAGAUAUAUUUAACACCGAACGUCAAUGAAUUUCGUCUCCUCUAUACUUUCAUGAAGGGUUCGUUGCCUAUCGGCCCGGAAGAUAGCAUUAGUUUUGAUCAUGUUGAAUUACUCACUGAUAAAUUGGGCAGUCACGUUACAAUAAUUGUAAAGGGGCCAUCAGAUCUGAUCGUUAAGGGUGACUCGUAUGUACAGUGUACCGUUGAGGGGGGACUGGGGCGCUGCGGUGGGCAAGGAGACAUUCUUGCUGGUAUUUUAGGCUCCACUGCUCACUGGGCCUUCAUUAACGAUUUCCCAGAGGAAGACAGUCAUUGCGCUCCCGAAAUGCUGGCCGGAUACAUUGCUUGUAUGAUUGUUAGAAAAUGUGUAAAUAAGACUUUUAAAGUGUUAGGGCGCAGUAUGGAAACUUCAGAUAUUUUAUGUCAACUACCAUCCAUUUUCAAAGAUGUGUAUGGUAGCAAUUGGUGAGACCCGACUUUGUUUCGCCAUGAACAGAGAUUCUCUUCCUGAAAUCACCUCCGCUUGUCUUCCAAGAAUUGUAUUUUUUAACUGUUCCAAUGGUUGUCCAGCUUGAUAACAACUGCAGAAUGUUUUAAUUUGUUUUUUGUGCCGUAGAAUCGACACAAAGAUAUCAAAAAUUAAAAUCCUCCUGUUACUAAAUUUACACUUUUUAAGCUUUACCACCCUACAUCCAGUAUAAGUACCUCUCUGUAAAUCUCAACAUUCUUUUAAAAAGCUGAAAUAAAGUGUGAGUGAUCGUGUAA